AUUAAAUUGAAUUCUUACAAAAAAAAAAUAAACAUUUAUUUAUUACAAAUUAGGAUUUGUAAGGACUAAAAAAGAAAUUUUCGUUAUUAUUUUUCCUCAACGAAAUCUAAAAGACAAUAUUGGAAUUAAAAAAUUAAAAAUUUCUUAAAAAAAAAUAAUAUCUAAUAAAAACAAUUUCCCGAAAAGAUUUUAGAAAUAAAUAAAAAAAAAAACUUUAAAGUGUUAAAAAAAUUGUGUUUAUACAAAUUUUUUAAAAAAAUUAAAAAAAAAAAGAAAAACUAUAAACAAAAUAAAAAAAAAGGUUGGCGAUCACUUCCACACCCAUCUGAGAAUCAAACCCGAACGAGGAACAAGCAACGCCAUCUGGCACCAACACCGCAGAAAUGACGGUUAAACCAACAUUUGUAUUUGAAGACGAACCCAAAUUGAGCAUCGCUGAUAUUCCCGAAGGUGAGGUGGAUAGAAUUGCGCAAUGCUUCGCUGGACGAUGUCUAUUUAUCACCGGUGGAACUGGAUUCCUUGGGAAAGUCCUCGUUGAAAAAUUGCUCAGAGCGUGUCCUGAAUUGAAGAAGAUUUAUUUGUUGAUUAGACCAAAGAAAGGCAAAGAUCCACAGGAAAGAAUUAAGGAGAUGUUUAAUAAUGUGCUUUUCGACUUAGUAAAAGAACAACGUGGAGAAGAGACAAUCCUCAAUCAAGUAGGUGCCAUAGCUGGUGAUGUUAUGCUCCCAGGCCUCGGAAUAUCAGACGAAGAUUUAGAAAUAAUUCGCAAUGAAUGCUCAAUUAUUUACCAUUGUGCAGCUACAAUUCGUUUUGAUGAACCCAUACGAAAAGCUGUCCUAAUGAACACAAAAGGAACCAAAUUGAUGUUAGAUUUGGCUAAAACUUGCAGAAAUCUAGACUUCUUUGCUUACAUUUCAACAUCUUAUUGUCAUCUUCAUAUCAAGACACUUUAUGAGAAGCCUUAUGAUCCACCAGCUGAUCCUCAUAUGGUUAUUAAAGCUUGUGAAUGGCUCACUGAUGAUGAAAUGAAUUUAAUUGAAAAGAAGAUCCUUGGAGAUAUACCAAAUACUUAUGCAUACACCAAAUCUAUGGCUGAAGCUCUAGUCGUUGAGACUUUCGAUGAAUUGCCAACAGUUAUUCUGAGGCCAUCGAUUGUUAUUCCUAUUUGGAAGGAACCGAUUCCCGGAUGGACCGAUAACAUAAACGGUCCAACUGGUUUGCUUAUUGGCGCUGGAAAAGGUGUCCUUCGUUCGAUGUAUUGCAAUUCUGAUGCUUAUGGAGAUUUCUUGCCUGUUGAUGUAGCUGUUAAUGGAAUGCUUGUAGCAAGUUGGAGAAAUAUCAUUAACAAAGGAAAUAUGACAAAUCGUGUAGCUCAUAUGACAAGUUCUAGUGAAAUUAAAGUUUCUUGGGCACAAAUUAUCGAAUUGGGGAGAUGGGUUAUCGAAAAUAGAGUCCCAUUGAAUGGAGUUGCUUGGUAUCCUGGUGGAUCAAUGAAGAAAAAUUACUAUGUCCAUCUUAUUUGUGUGGUUUUGUUCCAUUGGCUUCCGGCUUUGUUUUUAGAUGGUUUACUGAUUAUUUUCCGAUAUCCUACAUUUAUGUGUCGAGUUCAAAACCGUAUUGGAAAAGGUUUAGAAGUUCUUGAGUACUAUGCAAAUAACGUUUGGCAUUUCGAUAACACUGAAGCGGUAGAGAUGCGCAAACUUAUGAAUACAACAGAACGUUUGAAAUAUGUUAUCGAAAGAAUUGAUUUGGAUUUGGUGGAAUAUUUUACAGCUUGUACACUCUGUGCAAGGCGAUACAUUCUCAAGGAAACUGAUGAUACAAUUCCAGCCGCCAAGAGACACAUGAAAAUAAUGUGGUGUGUUGAUAAAAUUUGGAAAGCUUUAUGGUUCUUUGGUAUUUGCUACCUUAUUUACAGGUGGUUUUUUGCGGGUUAUUUUGAAAGUGUCACAUCAACAGUGGAAACUUUAGGAAGCGAAUUGUGAUUUUGUUUCUUAUUAAUUGUUGUUUUCUAUUCUGUUAAAUGUGGUGCUAUUUAUUUUGUUAAGUUAUAUCUUAGUCAAAUUAUGUUAAAAAAAAAUAAAAUGUUGUAUAUAAAUA